CGUAUACCUACUCGCAAUCCAAGCCAACAAAGUCGGUCAACAACAUGCACAUGUAGAUACGUCGUACGUAUGUUCCUUAACGUGAUAUGAGCAACAAACCGAUCUGUCCAGCGUGAUUAUUAUGUCGUCCACCUCCCUGCUAGAAGAAAGCACCUUUGGCGAGUUGCGUGAAAAGAGUAAUCUUGGAGUGAAAGUCAAUGGAAAUUGUGCAUGCUAAAUGAAAUUCUUCCUCUUUAAGAACAACCCGUGUACAUUUGCAAAUGCAUGCAGGUAAAUAAUGCUUACUUUUUUAGGUCCAGUCCACCAAACAAUUUCAAGGUGACGACGACGCUUAAAUUAAUGACUCGCCAUACAUACACACUACUUCACUCAGCCAGUCUGGCGUUGCACAUGAACUUUGCCAUAUGCAUUUAUUGCCUGUUCGACUGCAGGGACUUUCACCAACCAUGCACCACUACAUGUAAUAAAAAGUUGGACAUUUCAUUAGUGCAAAAUCAGUGCAAAUUCUUCCCUGGUGGUUGGUAGGCCUGCAUACUUUUUCGCAAUUUUGUACCAAAGUCACAUUUAAUUAGUGCAAAAUUAGUAACAGAGUGAAAUGUUGACCUUUCUGAAAUCCUUCAUCCACUCGGCCUGGUCGCAAGAGAAUUCUAGGCGCAGUUGUCUCCUGAUCUUAACUGGUCAGAUCGUCCUCUUCUUGUCCCUCCUGGCCAUCGGGUUCACCUACAUCCAUGUCAACCUCCCUCACUACAAUGCUCGGCGCCUGUCCAAGUACCGCCUCGUCUGUGGCACGGUGGAGGAUGAGCUCGUGUCUCCCGAACACUGCGAGCUCCCUUGGAACCGAAACCACUUCACAAUUCCGGAACGGUGGGAUCAUGCGAGGCGGUUGUACGAAAACGAUUCGCACUCUGCGACAAUAUCAGUACAAAAGGUGUCAAGGUCGGACGGGACGAAUAAGGCCCCCAACCUUGACGAAGUCGCUACGGAACGACACUUUACUUGGUCAUCCUGUGGGGAAUUCUGCUCUUCUGAAAUCGUCGAUCUCUUCGGGUGCAGACAAUUAAGGGCAAAAGUUCGCAAGGAGGGAUCCUCUCUUAAUUUUGUGGGAUGCAGGGACAUUGACGUGACGGAGUGUCCAUUUCUUGUGGAGAAAGAUGACAAGAUAGAUGACAAUGAGGUGAAAUGUUCCACGAGGGAAGGCAAUACGGAGGCGUGUCUUCGACUCGGCAUAUUCAAAUGCGUAGAGGCAAAGGAGAAAAGUAAGAGCAAUUUUGAGGUGACGACAACACCGGUGCCGAUAACGACGACGACGACGACAAUAGCAAUGACGUCGAAGAUGAUAACGACGGUGGCGACAGAACUUAGUAAUGAAACCGAGGUUACCACCAAUUAUAGCGCAUUUACUACAAGUGUCAUCCUCACCCCCACCACCCAAACCACCCAAACCACCACCACGACUGCGACUACGACAUCGCCCCCACCGACCAACUCAUCCUCCUCCCCGUUCACAUCUCCGCACCUCGAAUGCACCCACAUUGAGAAGCUCAUAUCCUGCAACAUGUCCCAAGUGGAGCAGGAUGCCUUCCACUUCCGCUACAAUUGUACCUCCACCAGUUCCCAGAAAUGUUUCAAGGCAGCCGGAACCUACGUGUGCGACUCGGAGUCGUUGUGCGUCAAAGUGACCCAUCCGGACCGGAGCUGCGCCCGGAUUUGUGAAGGGAUCGGUCUCGACGGGAAAAACGUGGUCAUAGCGGACCAACAAUUUGGAAAAAUCUUGACGGCCAAAUGCACCAAAGGGUUUCGGGAUAAAGGCAAAAAAAUCGAGCUUUGGCCGGGUGGAAUUAAGCACAAAAAUCCCAAUUCAAAGUGGAGGAUGACCCCACAAAUAUUGAUAACUUGUAAUUUCGUGGAUUGGACCAAGUUUAAGAAUAAUAGUACACGGGUAGUAGGAAAUGGGACAGAAAUGGACCUCUUUGUAAGUGACUGCUUUAACGGAACCAGACUAGAAAAUGACACCUUGCCCCCUUCCGCCACGCUACGCGAGCUCCAAUCCAUCUGGUCUGGCAAUCUCCUCGUUGACGACCACCACCUCGACGCCAUCCAGCAAAAAGACGCCCCACCCGGCCACAGCCUCACCAUCCAGACCGCAGCUCCUCUCUAUUUCAACGACUUUUACAAAAACCUGGGCGAAGGUUGCACCCAAAUCGGAGAAAAUAAUGCCAGGGACGAAAAGUGUACCAAUUUUUACGAAAAAUACGCCCGACUUCCCGGAAAUCUGAGGGGACAGUCCGUCUUUCCUUGCUAUUGUCGAAGCAUCUCGGCCGGUGGGUUGGAAGGAAAUGGGACAUUCUGUGUCGUUGGUGGGGACAAUAUUGACAGCGGUGGGGGUCGAGUUAACAACAACAACAACAUUUUUGACCACAAUUGGGAGGACGGAUUGAUAGACUUUUUAGAGGAUCAUUACAUUCUGGUCAUUGUAUUUUUAGUUUUAAUCUUUCUGACAAGUUUGACCCUUAUUUGUGUCUUGCUGUAUCCACUGAUUGCGGAUUUGACCCCGGUCAAUAAUCUUGUCUUGGUGGGGGUUGGUGUGACACCGAAUUCUCCUCCGCCGGGGGAGAGGAGAAGUCCCAGCGUUAAAUUUAUGGAGGACACGAGGAGCUCAGUUUUCACGGUGGGAGGUCAUUCCAAUAAAGAUCGAGGUGAUGAGAUGGUUUUGGAACAGUUGAGAACGAGGAGUCGGAGUAACAGCAUUUCAGGCGUCAUGUAAAAAAAAGUUGUUUCAAAUUUUGUGCAAUAAAUAAUUUCGUGUCAAAAUAAUCAA